UCUCCAUCCAUUAACUUCUCUCGCCCCAUCUCUCUUCUCAUCCCCAUCUGCACACACGCACUGCACUUCAACAGCCGCAGCAGCCAGCUUGAUCCGGCGCGCUGUGAGCCGGCUGCCCGGCGAGCGCCGUUCUACCGGAGCUUCGCCGCCGCCCGCCACGUUGCCGCCCGGCCUCACCACUACCCUCAUCUCGCCCCUCCCUUAUCAUUCCUCCAGCACUGCUAUAAUUCUUUCAGAGACAUCCGCCAUCAUCAACACCACCGGCGAGGCCAGAUAGACCACCAGCAUAUAAGCCCAGCGCCACCCACAGUUGGUCCACACUGUCCGAGCAGCAGUCGAGGGGGAGAGAACAGAUCCAGGCGCCACCAUGCCCUCCGCGUCCUCCUCCUCGGCCUGCGCCGCGGCCGCUGCCGUCGGCGAUGCCGCCGUGUCCUACGACCACAAGGCCGUGGUCAUCAACGGGCAGCGCCGAACGACGCCUCGGCCUUCGCCUCUGCACAUCUCGAGGCGGAGGACGGCGCCGGCGAGCAGGCAGUGGAACACGUCGAUGGAGCCAUGGUGGAGGUCAUGGGCGCCGAGCUGCUUCACCCGCCUCGAGCCGACGCGAGGAAGAGUGAAGAUAGCUCCGCAGCGGCGCCAUGGUUGCCGGCCAACGAGCGCCCCAUCGCGGUUGCUGGCGGACAAGCACAGCGGAGCUCGGGUGCUGGGAUGGAGAUGCAGCUACAGGGGGCCGGUGACGCCGGAGGUGGAGGAGAGGCCGAGAAGCGAGAGGGCCGGGGACGGAGGGGAGAGCCGGACAGCCGACGAGAGCCCAGUCGAAGCCAUCCCCCUUCCACCUUCUCUGCCACUGGUUGGAUAAGAUAAGAUGAACAAAGGAGCACGCGUGGAAUUCUUACAAGAUGCAGGGGGUAAUUUGCAAAAUCGAAUCGUUUUGCCAGAUCCCGCGCCGGACGGACUACCGGUCAUGUCUGCCGCCUCCUUCUCUUUUUCUCUUGACUCGUUCUGUGUUUGUUGAUCCAAGAGGCUAGUUGUUGAUAUUACACGCAAUUUGCGUAGGUAUAUAAAUUGGUAGGAUUUCACGAAAGCAAUCGAGGUGGGAUUAUUAUUGUGA